UUAACUGGCGUACACAGUUCAUAGGAAGUAAAGUACCGGAAAUUGCGUUGAGGCCUCCCGGGAUAACGCCAUGAUCCAGGAUCCUCACUUCACCCAGUGUGCGAGGCAAGGCAGCAGGGAUGCUAACACGAUUACACCGUGCAGACAGUGCUUGAGCUGCUAGUUAUUUGCUAGCUGACAUAAAGCUCGCAGUGCAGCAAAAGGAGGUAGAAAGAAACAAUAACUAAUCGAGUUUGUACACCUAAGAGACGCAUAAACGCUGUUGCUCCACCAGCCUCCGAUAACCUGGUCAUUUUUCGUCGAAAUGUCAGCUUUUUCCGAGGCUGCUCUAGAGAAGAAACUAUCGGAGCUUAGCAACUCUCAGCAAAGUGUGCAGACCCUGUCACUGUGGCUCAUACACCACAGAAAACACUCCCAAACUAUUGUCACCGUCUGGCUCAACGAACUUAAAAAAGCUCAGGUGUCACGCAAGCUGACCUUUGUCUACCUGGCCAACGAUGUCAUCCAGAACAGCAAGAGGAAAGGACCAGAGUUCACCCAGGACUUUGCACCCAUCAUCGUGGACGCCUUCAAACAUGUGUCCAGGGAAGGAGAGGAGAGCUUUAAGAAGCAGCUUGGCCGGGUGCUGUCUAUCUGGCAGGAGAGGGCUGUGUAUGAGAAUAGUCUCCUGGACCAGCUCUCGCAAGUCCUAUACGGAGAGAAAAAGGCAAAGAAGAGGUCCUAUGAAAAGAUCCAGAUGGACGAGGAGGACAACAACUUUGCUUCCCAGAGCUCUCCUACAGAAGAGCCCCCACAGACGGCGGAGUUGAUCCGGGCGCUGCAGGAGCUGGAGAACGCCGCCUCUGGAGACUCGGCCCUGCGGAAACGCAUCUCGUCGCUGCCGGCCGAGGUGCAGGACGCCUCCCUGCUCCACAGGAUCACGGACAAGGAGUCGGGGGACCGGCUUUCUGGGCUGGUGGAGGAGGCCUGCAUGCUGCUGGCUGACUACAGCGGCCGCCUGGCUGCCGAGGUGGAUGACCGGAGGCAGCUGAUGCGCACGCUCACGCUCUUCCUGCACAGCCAGAAGGACGGCCUGGCUCAGAACGAGCAGAAACUAGAAGAAUACAAACGCAAGUUGGCACGGGUAACCCAGGUCCGGAAGGAGCUACGGUCUCGUCUUAGCAACCUCCCAGGAACUCGCUGAAAGUCCACCACAAACUGCUGUCCUCAAAUCCCCCCCGUGUAUUUCGACCUAUCCAUGUCACACUCCCUGAUCGAAUCACCUACCUGUUAUCAAUGUUUAAUAUUCUCCACAUCCCCCCUGUCCUCCCCUCUUCUGGUCAGGGAUAUCUGUCAUGCAGUGUGGAUAGUUCAAAACCUGCCAUACCAUACCUGGUCUCUUCUUUCCAAGUCACAAUGAGAGAAAGGCCUAUACAUCAAGUCAGAGGGUUUCCUUCCACUUCCCAGCUGUUUUUUCCCCCUUUAAGUAAUACAUAAAUAACUGUUAAUACUUCAGAGGUUUGCAUCCUACCUUUAAGACCUUGUGUAGGAUUCUGAUUGAGUUUAACCUUGUCUGGUCCCAAGUGACGGUGGCUUCCUUGAGAUGCUCAAAAUGAUGGCGUUAAGAUAUUUUUGUAUUUAUUGUUCCAUUCUAUGACUUGCCCAAUGUUGUGUGUGUAUGCGUUAAUUCACGAGUUUCAGUAUUUUUCCAAUUGCGAUCAUAUGUUGCAUUCAUAAGUUGUUAAUGGUUGAUUACGAGUGAUGUGGUGGUUAGGCAUAGGGGUCGGGAAGUCUGGUUUUAUACAACAUGAAAAAGGCCUUCAAAAGAUUGAUGCGUUUAACUUGAAUGAAGUGCUCUGGAAGGAAAUAAAUGUCUUGGAUUAUAUUUUACACAAAAAACUGGGAGGAGUGUGUUUGCAUUGUAAAUAUUAUUCAAAGUUGCUUGUAAAUCCUAACUUGAUUUACUUGUUAGUUUGUAUGAUUUGUGUCCCAUCUUGACAUGCAUGCUGUGUGAGUUUAUUAUGAGGAAAUGAGGCUCUUCCGAUCUUCCUAGGUUGAAAGCCAGUAACUGUAGUUGCUAUAAUAAUAUAAAGGAAGACAGCCUUUGUGUUCUUGUUUUUCUGUAUCAUUACUGCUCUGCUUUACAUAACUUUCUGACUGAAUGAUACCCAGUUGCCUCAUACAUACAUGCCUGCAUGCAUGUAUGUUUUCCUCAGACAAAUCCAGGCUUAUAGCACCCAUUUUGAUUUGUACAUACGAAGCAAAUGCUUUUUAGAACCAAAUAAAUAAGAACACUAUACCAAUGU